CACUUCACCGGUUGCGUGCAAGCCUCACUCCAAUCCAAAUAUCCAAUGACACCAACACCAUCAAUCCUCAAAUGCUCAUUCUCUAUAUAAAAACCAAACCCAAGAACUCCUCCAAAUCGACUAGCUAGCAGUGCCUCUCUAGUCUCUAUACAAGAAGAAUAAGAAAAUCUCAUUCUCUCUUGGAUUGCAAGCUACAGUGUCUGCUCGGUGCAGUCACAGAGCUAGUAGCAAUGGUCGACAUGGCGGAGGCGGCGGCGUCCAUGUCGCCGGAGCUCGCCGCGGCGCUGGCGAAGGUGGCCGUGUUCGCGGUCGUGCAGGCGCUGGUGUACCUCAUCCUGCGCAAGUCGUCGGGCGUCUUCUCCCCGGACAGGACGGCGGCGGCGGGGUCGAGGUCCCUCAGCUUCCGGCCGAUGCGGAGCAUGAGCGUCCGCCGCUUCCUGGCGGCGCUCUCCGACGUCCCCGUCGGCGUCACGGAGGACGGUGGCUCGCCGGCGCCGGCGCCGGCGCCGCCGCAUCGCGGGCCUGCAGACCUUGCCGAGUAGUUCAUUGUUCAGUGGUUUCAGCUAAUUAAUGACAGUAGUAUACUCGUAAUGCAUUUGUUCAUGGCUAUUGUGAAGAAGGAAUCAUUUAACAUUAGAUAUACUUAGUAAGUUAGUAUGUGCUGUUUGUGAAUUAUUAUGAUAUAGUUUGGCUUUGUACACAUUAAUAAAUCUUUUAUUUUACUGUCCA